AUGGCUCCGAGAAGCAUCAUGACAACCUACCCCCACGCCCACCACCGGCGCUACGCCUCGCCCCCAAUAAGCCCAUCUACCUACAACCCCGACGCAAACGACAUCCUCGCCGAGCUGGGCCUGCGCGCCGACGACUCGGCCUCGAGCGCGGGCGAUUCCAGCACGGGGUUCUCGACCGUCGACUCGGGCGUCAGCGUGAAUGGGGGCGGGAGUGAGGGUACGGGUACGGGUAGCGGGGCCGGAGGCCGGAGGAGGAGGCGGAGAAACCGGAACCGGAAUGGGAACGGUAACAACAACAAUGGCAACAGCAACGAUCGGUCUGCGUUCAAUGGCAGCGGUGGAAGUAUCAACAUUGAUAACAAGAAUGGCAACGGCGGGAACUUGAAUAGGCAGACGACGGUGGUGAUCCCCCGGCAAGGCGGGGACCGGGAUGAGAAGCCUGUGAGGUUGCAAAUUGGGCUGAAUCUGGAUGUCGAUCUGGAGCUCAAAGCCAAGUUGAAGGGAGAUAUUUGCUUGUCUCUGGUAGUGGAGAGGAAAUUCUCCAAACGAGAAUCGAUGCGGGUGAAGCCCAACUGGAAGGGCGAAGUCGACGUCAAAGAAAUGUUCCACAUGCGCCUCGGCAAGUUCAGCUUCAGACAGCGGUGGAUCGACCGCGAGGUCAGCGAGAGUCUGACGGUGGCGAUUGGGGCCUCGCUUGUGUUGGGCGGGUUCGUGGCUGGGUUUGCGGCGUCGAGAUGGCUGUGCUGA